AUGCCUAAAGUAAGCAAGAAAGACCCAAACAAGCCAAAAGGUGCCAAAAGUGCCUAUAACUUCUUUUUACAAGAUCAAAAAGAGCAUAUGAAAGGAGAAAAUGGCGAAUCACUGCCUUUGCAGGAAUUUUCUCGAAGCUGUGCUGAUAAAUGGAAGAACAUGAGUGGGGAAGAGAAGAAGCCUUAUACUGAUAAGGCCGAGAAGGACAAGACUAGAUAUUUGAAGGAGAUGUCUUCGUAUUCUCCACCGCCUGCAGAAGAGCAGAAUUCAGGAAAAAAGAUGAAGAAGAAAAAGAUAAAAGAUCCAAACAAGCCAAAAAAGAAUUUAUCUGCCUACAUGUUUUUUCUUGCUGACAAGCGACCUUCCGUGAAGGAAUCACUUGGGGAUGUCAGUACCACAGCUGUUCUCAAGGCGCUAGGAGAGAUGUGGUCUAAGACACCAGAAAGCGACAAAGGAGAGUAUCAAGAACUGGCCAAGAAAGACAGGCAGAGGUAUGAUGAAGAAAUGAAAGAGUACAACAACAAAACCCAAGGUCUUUCAGAUGGUAAGAAGUCUGUAGCUGUAGAAAAUGGCACCGCAACUGAUGACUAGAACACAAGCUUACACUCAAUAACAUUGGUCAUGCCCUAAAAACACUGCACACUCUUAUAGUCUUUUACAUUCCUUUUUUUCCAUUUCCUCGAUCUUACCAUUUAAUCACUUUUCCACUCUUCCACUUUCCAUUCUUUUGAUUUUCAAUUUCAUUCUUAUUCUUAAUUGUUAUUGCUUCAGUUUACACACCUAUGCCAAUCGCCUUGACUCACAGUUCUCAGGGACUUGCGUUUCCAAGAACUGUCAAUGAUCAAGUGUCCGCGGUAUAUGACAGAUAUAAUAAUCCGGCAUGAUCUGUUGGUGAAUUUAUCUAAUUUAAGACGUCGUUCAUUAUUCAUGGUCAUUAAGUGGCACUGAAUGACAAGAUAUGGGCUUGGAAUCAUCCCAGAAAUAUACUUGUCUUGAUUUUCUUAUCUCUCAAGUUUAGACAGUUUGCAGCUUAAUUUGCUAGUUUUGGCUUAAACCGUUAUGUAUCUCUGUGUGCGCAUAACAUAAUCUUAUUGAUAU